AUGAAGUUCGCCGCAGCUGCUAGCCUUUUGGCUCUUCUUCCUGUAGCCCUUGCCUGCAACGGAUACACCGGUGGCGUUCCCAAGGCCACUUCGACCAAGUCCAACAGCAAAGUGAUUACAGUCAAUGCUGGAGAGACCUUUGACGGCGGAUGGGCCAGGUAUGAUCGUGGUUCGGGCGCUUGCAAGGAUCAAUCAGAGGGAGGCUCCGCCGAUGCGGUUUUCUUGCUCAAGGCCGGCGCCACUCUGAAGAACGUCAUCAUCGGAAAGAACCAGGCCGAGGGCGUCCACUGCGACGGCCACUGCACGCUUGAGUUUGUGUGGUUCGAAGACGUCUGUGAGGAUGCCAUCAGCAUCAAGAAUGAUAAGGCCGGUGCUCACUCCUGGAUCAUUGGCGGCGGUGCCUACCACGCCUCCGACAAGGUCGUCCAGCACAACGGCUGUGGAACUGUCAACAUCAUCAACUACUACGUUGAGGACUACGGCAAGCUCUACCGCUCUUGCGGAAACUGCAGCAGCCAGUGCAAGCGCAACGUCUACAUCGAGGGCGUCACCGCAAAGAAUGGCGGUGAGCUCGCCGGCAUCAACAGCAACUACGGCGAUACCGCUACCCUUAAGAAUGUCUGCGCGGACGCAAAGGUCAAGUGCCAGAUGUACAAUGGCUGCGCCGGCGGCUGCGAGCCCACCAAGUCUGGUGUCUGCUCUGGUUAA